CGCUGUCGGCAGAACGCGUGCGUGUCAGGAAGCGGUGUGUUCAUGUGUUUUAUGGGGGACUGAACCCCAGAGCAGAAGAACAAGUUCAGAGCAAAGAGAAUCCUGGAAGCAUGAAAGAAACCGGAGAAGAGGAAGGAGUGAGAUGAGGGCAGAGGAGUGCAAAGUGGAGGAAAGAAAAGAAGGAGAAGAAGAAAGGAAAGGAAUAAAGAAGAGCGAAGUGGAGGAGAAGCGGAAAGUUAAGAGAAGAGAAGAGAAGAGAAGAGAAGAGAAGAGAAGAGAAGAGAAGAGAAGAAGAAUGGAUGAAAGAGGAGAGAGGAGUGUGAGGAGCUCCACAUGCAGGGCUUUACCCCGACACACACCGCAUGUAGAGGCGGAGGCAAAGGAGGCAUGUGAUUGGCUGAAAGCAGCAGGGUUCCCACAGUAUGUGCAGCUCUAUGAAGCCUCCCUCUUUCCCAUCGAUAUUUCCUCGGUCAGGAGGGAUCAUGAGUUUUUGGAUCAUGACUCUGUGCGAGCAUUAUGCAGGAGGUUGAUGACUUUGAACAAAUGUGCUGCGAUGAGUCUGGAAGUUCACUUCCGCUGCAAACAGAGCGAGGAUUCCGAGGAGGAUGAUGCGUGUGCGCUGAGCUCCCGUUGGGCGUUUCAGCGUGACAGUAGAACCUGGUCCCGUCUCCAGACCAACAGCGAUGAUGUCAUGACCCUGAGGCCUUCAGCGAGCAGUGACAGUGUCCUCAGUGAUAUGACCUCCUUGACCUCUGACCUCAGCCUCAGCAGCCUGAGCCUGGACGUUGCCCGGGACACCACCUCUCCGGACGGGACAACCUACAGCGAGGCCACGGAAUGCGAAGGCGACGACUCCUCCUCUCCACCUCGUUCUGUCCGGGAAAAAGUGAAGCACUCCUCCAGGCUUCUUUUACGAAGAAUGGAGUCGCUACGGCGACAGAAAGAGGCGGUCACUAGGGGCGUUUCUACGGAAACAAGUCCCCAGGCAUCUGAGUUAUGUCCCGAACUCAGUUUGCCGAAAAGGGUGGCGAAAGGAAUCGAGUUGGAUGCAGGGUGGAAGACGCGUAUGAGGCGGCAUAGUAGCAUCGACCAAUCAGCGGCUGACGUUAAGCCUCAGAGGGCGUGUCUUUAUCUCGAGGACUAUCAGUUAGCAUGGGAGCGGUCCAAACUCCCAAACCAGCGGAGUCUCCCGGGAGUAGUGGGGCGGCUUGUGCAUCUUCCUUCAGAUCACAAACCCGGGACGUUCCCCAAGUCGCUGUCCAUCGAGAGCAUUUGUCCGACGUCGUUCUCGCGGCGAGGUGACGGGACCGGCUGGACUGGAGAGGAUGGAGAAUUCUCAUUAGACGGCACCAGCAGUUGCUUCAGCGAAUCGCAGGACUUUGCUUCACCCACGCUGGGAAAACGGCAAAACUCUGUGGAUUCCUUAAACUCUGUUUACGACAACGUCCCGGACCCUUUCGCGCGUUCUCCAGACGUCCGGGAGGUUUGUGUGCGGAGCUCGGAGGAGGCGUUCGAGCACCUGGACGCCAUUUUGCAGCACAUCCACGGACUGCAGGACAACAUCGACGAGUGGUCGAACUCGCUGAGAUGCCAGCUGGACGAGCGAGAGUCGUUGACGGAGAUGCCGUUACCCAACAUGCUUCAGGACGAAGACCGCUCGGAUUACGACAGUGCCGGGAAUUCCAUGAACGACGGAGACAGAGAAGGAGAGAUGAGGGAAAGGAGGGAUUCUGGGGUCGGGGCGUCUCUCACUCGGCCCAGCAGAAAGCUGCGAUGGCACAGUUUUCAGAAUUCUCACCGGCCGAGCGUGACGUCGGCGUCGCAGGAGAUUAACCGCCAGUCCGCGGCGCAGCUCAACCUGCUGCAGAAAUACAGCCUGCUGAGACUCACUGCUAUUCUAGAGAAGCACUGCGACACAGGGAAACAUGGCCGGAGCUGGACGGUGCCGAAGUUCAUGAAACGUUCGAAAGUUCCUGAUUAUAAAGACAAGCGAGUGUUUGGUGUUCCACCAAUCAUAAAUGUGCAGCGCACCGGUCAGCCCCUCCCCCAGAGCAUUCAGCAGGCCAUGAGGUACCUACGAAGCCAGUGUCUCGAGAAGGUGGGAAUAUUCCGCAAAUCUGGCGUGAAAUCCCGCAUCCAGGCUCUCCGGCAGCGCAACGACCAGUCCCCUGAUCAUGUGACUUAUCAGGGCCAAUCAGCUUACGAUGUGGCAGACCUGCUGAAGCAGUACUUCAGAGAUCUUCCAGAAACCAUCCUCACGUCCAAGCUCACACACACCUUCCUGCACAUUUACCAGUUGGUUCCUCAGCAGCAGAGGCUCCAGGCGGUGCAGUGUGCCGUGUUCCUGCUCCCUGAUGAGAAUCGUGAGGUUCUGCAGACGCUCCUCUACUUCCUCAGUGACAUCAGCACGGCCGAGGAGAACCAGAUGACAGCACACACACUCGCUGUGUGUCUUGCUCCGUCUAUCCUGCACCUCAACACCUCCAAACGAGAUGCAGUCUCGCAUGGGCUGAUUAGAAAGAGGGGCCGAGCCAAACCGGACCCAAAGGACCUGAGCGAGAACAUGGCAGCCACUGAGUGUCUGAGCCACAUGAUCACGGAGUGUAAAAAGCUUUUUCAGAUUCCUCAGGAGAUGAUGCUGCAGGCGUGUAGCUCGUACGUGUUGGCGGACACACAGCCACUCCCUCUGCAUGCUCUCGGACUGAACAGACGAGGAGAGCGAGUGGACUAUCGCGUCUACCUGGAGGACAACCUGCAGUGUUUACUGAGAGACACAGCCGAGAAGGGCAAGGGGUGGCACAGCGUACCAGGACCUCCACACACCGAGCUGGCCUACAAGAAGGUUGGAGACGGGCACCCAAUUCGUCUGUGGCGUGUUUCUGUGGAGAUCGAGGCUCCACCCUCUGUGGUUUUGCACCGUGUGCUGAGAGAGCGCCACCUGUGGGAUGAGGACCUGCUGCACAGCCGCGUGAUCGAGAGUCUGGAGAAUAACACAGAAGUGUUUAAUUACAUCACUGACAGCAUGGCGCCUCAUCCACGCAGAGACUUUGUUGUGCUCCGGCGUUGGUGUACAGAUCUCCCUCGGGGUGUGUGUGUUCUCAUCUCCUCGUCUGUUGAUCACGGUAAUGUGCAGCUGGAGGCGGGGCUUAGAGCAGUGCUACUGACAUCACGUAUUAUGAUUGAGCCAUGCGGAAAGGGGCGGAGCCGACUAACACACUACUGCAGAGCAGAUCUACGGGGGCGCUCUCCUGACUGGUAUAAUAAGGUGUUUGGUCACCUGUGUGCGGCGGAGGUUGCUAGGAUACGGGGCUCGUUCCCUGUUCUGACUGCAAGAGGACCUGAGACUAAACUCUGAGACUGAGGGAGCGAAGGGAGUGAACGAGCGAAAACAGGACGAGGCCGAAGGUUACAGAGAAACAAAUUCAUGUGACCUGAAACCAAAUCUGAUCACCAAAAGCUUGGACUUAAACCAAAGUACUCAGACUUAGACAUAUUGCACUAAGACAGAAAAGUUGUCAAAUCUGAUUAUUCAAGAUGAAACCAGACCAGUCUUAGAUUAGACUUGAUCCAAUUCAUCCAGAUUAGACAGACAGGUAUCCUAAACUAACAUCAGCACAGAUAAGAUUGGAUCAAACUAAAAAUGCGAUCCGAUUAUAUUGAAUCAAAUGAGACCGCUUGGAUCAGACAAGAUUGGACGUGAUUAAACCAAACAAAGGCACUUUACCUGCGUAAAUAAUAUCAUGUAUGAUUUACUCAGAAUACAGAUUAGAUCAUUUCAAACUGUAAAAACAUUAGAUUAAAAAUACAAGUUCAAAUCAAGCAGAUCAUAUCAGAGAUUAGACCAGAUCAGACCUGAACAUGAAUCAGUCAGAGAUUAGACAAGCUCAAAUCAAACAUCAAAUCAGAUUAUAAACAAGAUAAUGCCAAACCAGAUUGGAACACGUUACACUAGAUCAGAUGAGUGAUGAAUAGAUUAGACAUCUGUGGUGAGAUUGCACUGAACCACAUUAGACAAGGUCAGAUCAAACCAGAUUAGAUCUGAUUAAAUCAAUUAUUAGAAGUUGUUUUAAUAAGUAUUAGAUUAGAGAUAAAAGCAUAUUAAACAAAAAAAACCCUCUAGUCUGAUUUCAUAUAUUAGAUAUAAUUACAUCAGAUGUAAAUGAGCAGAUGAUUUGAACAUGAAGGCUAUCAGGAAACACACUGGGGGCGAAACUGUCCCAGAUAUGUCUCUGCAUCAUUCACAACGUGUCUGUCUGUCUGUCUGAGAGGGACAUCUGAGGAUCUAAAGCCAUGUUGACCUUUGACCUUAAAUUCAGUUUCAGGUGAAGCAUAUUCACACAGAUGUUCAGUGCAGUGUGAGAUUAUUCCAUUUUUAAUUCGAAAAGCAUGAUUUGAUUAUAUUUAUUGAUAUCAGAUCAGGAAACAUUAUAAUCAGACAAUCAGAUCAGACGAAAGCAAUUUCAGAUCAGAUUCUUCCAAAUUACAGUUGCUCAGAUCAGACAAGACAGGAUUUUUAAAACAGUUUUAACCAGCUCAGAUUGAUCCAAAUUAAACAAAACUAGAUUAGACCAGAAAAAAAUUAGACCAGAUCAAAUCAACCCACUGUAGACCAGGUCAGGUGAAAGCAGAUUAGACCAGACUGUAUCUAAUCUAAAAUGAACUGUAUUACAGAUUUUUUUUAUAAUUAAACACAAACUGUAAAACAUUAGAGCAGUCCAAAUAUGAGAGAAGACCAGAUCAGACUAAAUCUAAUUAGACUUUACCUGAAUAAUUGGAUCAGAAUAACAAAUCUAAAACCAGAAUUUAAAAAAACAUCAGACAUUUAAUCAGUAACUGUUGAUUCUACACUGUGCAUUAGGACAAACCCAAUUGUUUAUCGUGUCUUCUCAUUGGUCAGCAGUUUAAACAUUUUUGUACAUCAGCAUUUUGUUUACUCAGUGUAUAUAUUUGGAUUAGAUUAGAUUGGAUUUAGAUCAGAUACCGAACAUCAUGUAAAUUUUCUUUGUGCGUCUGUUUUUGUGUACAUUACUGUAUAUUAAUGUAUUAAUGUGUUUUGCAAAAGCUGUGUGUGUGUGUGUGUGUGUGUGUGUGUGUGUGUGUGUGAGAAGGUGUUAUGUAAGAAGACGUGUUGUAUUUAUAGCUGUAACAUAAUGCUUUAAUUAAUUCAUCCACUUCAUUUCUGGUGUGUGUGUGUGUGUGUGUGUGUGUGUGUGUGUGUGUGUGUGUGUGUGUGUCUUUAAAUGCCACAUGUGCCUUGAAGCUGAGAUUUCAGUAUAAUUUAUUUCUGUUACUCGAUUGUUUGAAUUUCUUUAUUGUUAAUUUUUCAAUUGAACGGAAAAAGAACAAAAUGUAUAGAAUGAAUAAUUACAGCUUUACACUGUUACUUGUAUUUUGUACCUACAUUUUGAUUGGACUCGGUGAUGUGUGUGUGCUGAGAAAAGAAAUAAAGACUUUUUCAGUGAA